AUGGCAGCUUUCAACCUCACCCCCUCUGACCCUUCAACAUUCAUCCUCAUGGGCAUCCCUGGCUUGGAAGCUGCCCAUGUCUGGAUUUCCAUCCCUUUCUCUAUGUUCUACAUUAUUGGCCUGUUAGGAAAUUUCAUGGUUCUGUUUGUUGUAGGCAAAGAGCAGACCCUGCACAAGCCGAUGUACCUGCUGGUCUGCAUGCUGGCACUCACUGACAUCAGCAUGUCUACCUCUGUCAUACCGAAGGCACUGUGUAUAUUUUGGUUCAAUUUGAAAGGAAUUACUGUGGGUGGCUGCUUCACCCAGAUGUUCUUCCUUCAUACAGUUAUUGUAGUACAGUCAGCCGUCCUCGUGACAAUGACCUUUGAUCGCUAUGUUGCCAUAUGUAACCCUCUGAGAUACGCUACCAUCCUCACUAACACAAGAAUAGCUAAGCUAGGGCUCUUGAGUUUGAUAAGAGCUGUUCUCCUCAUUCUGCCUAUGCCCCUGCUCCUGAGUAGGCUUCCGUUCUGUGCCAACCACAUUAUCCCUCACAUGUAUUGUGAGCACAUAGCUGUGGCAAAGAUGUCAUGUGGGGACACCACAGUCACAAGGAUGUAUGGCUUGGUGACAGCAUUUGUUGUCAUUGUCUUAGACCUGAUGUUCAUUGCCCUGUCCUAUGGUCUGAUCAUCAGGGACCUCCUCAGAAUUUCCUCCAAGGAAGUCCACCAGAAAGCCCUCAGCACCUGCACAUCUCACAUCUGUGUGAUGCUGAUGUCUUAUACUCCCUGCCUCUUCUCCUACCUGACUCAGAGGUUUGGUCAGGGCAUCGCUCCCCACGUUCAGAUCAUCUUGGCCAGCCUCUACUUCCUUGUCCCCCCAUGCUCAACCCUAUCAUUUAUGGGGUAA